CUUUGACCAAGGUUUGAUAUUUGCUCUCAAUAGUUGAUCAUUUGUUUAAUGAUAAGAAUAUAAACCCUUGUGCUUUUUCUUCAGUUUGAGUCUCUCGGUAUACUACAUGAUGAUUGGAUACCAAACGGCUGAAACGAGGAUCAUGACGCUCUCACGCAGUGACGACAUGAAAUACAAUUCAAUGGUUAUCGUUAUCCGGUUUGGGGGGUUACAAACGUUACAAACACAAAACAUACUCCAACGAAAAGCUCAUGCGGUAUGGAACUAUUUAAUGAGUUCAUUUAAUGGUACUAUUUAAUCUACUGUGUUCCUAAAAAGAAUGUCAUCCAAAUUCCGCUCUCUUCAACUUCCGAUAAGAUGUGAACACGCAGGAGUGCUUCUUCAUAGCUUGCCUUUUCCCUUAGCUGAGGAAGCACAUCUUUUCGAUCGUUUUAUUUCAGUUUGUCUCAAUGUUAGAGAAAAAAAGGGCGGAACUAAUGUCAGCGUUCUUGGCCGGCGGGAUUUGGACGAAGCAUCCGGAAGUCGGUCGGUCGGUCGGUCGGUCGGUCGGUCGACGUUUCUGCCCGGCGACACUCAUAAAGAGCAACUUGAAGGAGACGCGCGCAAAUGGCGACGUCGUUGACCACGAGUGUGCUCACCUGUCUUCAAUGAGUGUGAGAUCGUCAUGCACCUUCUUCCUACUUCAGUCGUACCAUGCAUUGCGCCCGCUGCCUGCUCCGAGUUCUGGGCCAGUCGGUCUACCGUGCUGCUCGGCCCAGUUUGCUACGCAGUCCACAGCACCGUCAGGUGCCGCGGCGCUUCCGCAGCAACGACACACCCGCCGAGUUUGUGGGCUCCGGGACGGCGGUGGCGCGCGACCCCUUCGCCGGCGCCGAGCACAAAAGCAAGGCCUCUUUCGCCGAGGCGCUGCGGGCCUUUGCCGAGGCGGACGUGAGGCGCAGGGGCCACGUGGAGUUCAUCUACGCGGCGCUCAUGAAGAUGCCCGAGUUUGGCGUGGAGCGCGACCUGGCCGUCUACAACCAGCUGCUGGACGUCUUUCCCAAGGAGGUGUUUGUGCCCAGGAACUUCAUCCAGCGCAUGUUCAACCAUUAUCCUCGGCAGCAGGAGUGCGCCGUGCAGUUGCUGGAGCAAAUGGAGAACUACGGAGUCAUGCCCAACGUGGAAACCAAGGUCCUGCUGGUGCGGAUCUUUGGCGACAAGGGCCACCCUGUGAGAAAGUACCAGCGCAUCAUGUACUGGUUCCCCAAGUUCAAACACGCCAACCCCUUCCCCGUCCCGCAGCGGCUGCCCGAGGACCCGGUGGAGCUGGCCCGCUUCAGCCUGAAGCGGAUCGCCGACGACCUGGAUGCCCGAGUCACCGUUUACCAGACGGCGCGCACGGACGUGAGCCAGAGCGGCGGCGAGCAGACGGCAGCGGCGCCGCACAUCGUGGGCAUCCAGAGCCCCGAGCAGAUGGGGCUACUCGGCGAGCACGACCCCGACAGGCCCGUCUUGGUGGAGGGGCCCUUCCCGCUGUGGCUGAGGAAGACGUGCGUCCACUACUACGUCCUCCGGGCCGAACCGGCGCCGCCUGAGGAGAGGGCGGAGGAGCCCUACGACCCAGAGCGCUGUUUUGACUACCCUCUGCAACUCGACUUGGACUUAGAUCGGGACCUUGGGGACAUGGACACUUUAGAUGUUGAAGACUUGGACGAAGGUCCAGUUUAUGCCAUGUGCAUGACCAGCCAGGGGGACCAGGCCACGCUCAACCGGUGGAUCUCCGGUCUCCAGGAGAGCAACCCCAUCCUGGGUCGGAUCCCCACCCUGUUCCGCCUGCGAGCCGCCGCCGCCCCCCCGAGGGAGCUCCCGGCAGAAAGCCCGACAGACGACUCUCUCGGGAGGGAGACGCCGCCCGAGGAAGCGAGAAGGAGCGCCAACUGACCGAGCGGGCGGGCGGGCGGGCGGUCUCCUCUGCCCUCGCCUUCCCUCAAACCCAGAUGGAGUCUUCAACGUGCGUCUUUUGGGAAGGAGAAGACGGCAAGAAAACACUCUAGAGGCCGACAUGCGUGGCGACGUGCAUGUGGCCGGCCGCAAGCGCGCCCCAUAAGAACUAAUUGCACUGCUCGCAAAAGAAAUUGUCCCAGAGUGACAAAAAAGAGCAUUUAAUUGCAGAAGAAAAGGCAUCAGUUGGCACGUGCCAAAUCCAUUGGAAAGCUUGCGGUGGGCCGGUGUGCACACGUCCACGCAACGCAAAUGCUUUCUGGCCUGCCAGAUGCUGAAAACUUUGUGCUGUCACCAUGCUCCUGAAUUGAAAGAGCCAAUCUCUCUCCCUCUCACGCUCUCCUUUGGCUCCAAAAUCACAUUGGCGACUUUGCCCGUCCGUGGCUUGGCGGGAUCACCGGACAUGAAUACCUGAAGAUGUCUUUUGGAGAAGUUGCUUUUAUCCCACACGUCAGUUCCUGUGAGUCUCUGUUGAACAAAACAGGUCUAUUCAUUCAUUGCAGUUGUCGGUGAGUAAACGCGGGCGGGCUACCGACCGACCGACCGACCAGGGGAUCGAAACAACAACAACAAUAAACUGUGUUCCAAGUG